GUGUUCUACAUGGUUCUACCACUGAUUAUACAUAUACCACUGAUAUUGUGACUGAUACACAUUGUUAUAAUCAGUGAUUCUACACGGUUCUACUGUUCUAGACUCAACAAGAAUCGCGCAAGCAAUGCCAUCUCACGAGUCGCACGUGUUUCUACAUCUGAAUUCGUUGGCUGUCAGCAUAGAAGUAUACAUACAUAUGUAUGUAUAUGACUGUCAGUCGUUCAUCGCAAAGAGGAUCCCAAAUCUCUGGUUCAUUCAACGAUUCUAGAGAGCUUAGAAAAGAGCAAGAAAUAUGGAGGUCCUGGAAUUAUACAGUGGUAUUGGAGGAAUGCAUUAUGCUCUGAAAGAAAGUGGUAUCCAAUUUAAAGUUGCGGCUUCCAUUGAUAUAAAUACAGCAGCUAAUGACGUUUACAAACACAAUUUUCCAAACACCAUUAAUUUUAAUCGCAACAUACAAUGUUUGGAUUCAGGAGAUAUAACAAAAUUAGCUAUCAACACUAUACUCAUGAGCCCUCCUUGUCAACCAUUCACAAGAGUUGGUCUCAAAAAAGAUAUCCUAGAUGAAAGGACAGACUCAUUGUUACAUAUUAUCAAAAUAAUUCCUCACAUCGAAAUGCUCAAGUACAUUUUAGUUGAAAAUGUAAAAGGUUUUGAGGUUUCCCAAGCUAGAAAUAAGCUAGUCAAAUGUAUCGCCGAAUCUGGAUUUAAUUAUAAGGAAUUCAUUUUGAGUCCUUGUCAAUUUGGAGUUCCCAACACUAGGCACAGAUAUUAUCUGAUAGCAAAGAAGAAAGACAGACCAUUUUGCUUUACUAAUUCAUCUUUGAUGGUUAUUCCACCAAAGGAAUUACUUAAUUCUUUGCCAUCGUUGUAUUUUAAUAAAAACGAGGGAUUCAAUCAAAAUAUUGUUGGGCAAAGUGGUGCAAUAUGUAUCAAAGAUAUAUUAGAAGAAAAUGUGGAUGAAACUGAUUACUUGGUUUCCGAUAAAAUAUUGCAAAAGCACGCUCGAAUAAUGGACAUUCAAACUCCAGCUUCAAGUAAAUCUUGCUGUUUUACAAAAGCUUAUGGACGAUACAUAGAAGGAACAGGAUCCAUUUUCUGUCCGUUUUCCAAAGAUACUGUCCAUAAUACAUACUUAAAUGCUGAUAAUCAUGGUGAUGAUAUUGAACAAAGGGUGCAAACACUUCGUACUUUGAAACUGAGGUAUUUCACACCACGUGAAAUUGCUAGAUUGAUGUGCUUCCCUGAGAAUUUUCAAUUUCCUAAAACUGUAACUAAUAAACAAAAAUACAGACUACUCGGUAACUCCAUAAACGUUUACGUUGUCAGUCGAUUACUUAAGCUACUGAAAGAUGGGAUCCCCAACACGUAGAUUAUUGAUUAAUAACUGCUUACGUUUAGUCUAACUAUUCCAACAUGUUGGAAUUUACUGAUAGGCAUAUAUUUUUAUACCAUACCUUGUAAAUAAAAAACUAUUUCAUGCAGUAA